GCAGCAGCAGCCGCCGAGGCCGGGCGUGCGCCUGAGGCGCGGCGGCGGCGGCGGCGGCCCUGCGGGCAGCCAGGAGGGGCGGGGGCAGCGGCCGCCGCCGUUUGAUGGAUCCGAGGAUCGCCUGGUUCCAGCCAGAGCAGCUCGGACCGUCCAACAGUCUGUGGAUGCAGAUCUGGGAGACGACCCAGGGACUGAGGAACCUCUACUUCAACCACCACUGUCACAGCAGCGGCGGCGCGAGCGGCGGCGGCGGCGGCAGCAGCACGGCCACCGGCGGGAGCGGCAGCAGCACCGGCAGCCCGGGCGGCGCGGCCCCGGCCCCGGCCCCGGCCGGCAUGUACCGUUCCGGGGAGCGCCUGCUGGGCGUCCACGCGCUGCCGGCAGAGCAGCGGGACUUCCUGCCCCUGGAGACGAUCAACAACAACAACCACCACCACCAGCCCGCGGCCUGGGCCCGCCGGGCUGCCGCGGGCCCCUCGGCGUCCCCGGCCCCCUCGGCGUCCUCGUCCCCGCACUCCUCGGCCGCCGUCCCCGCCGCGGAACCCGCCGACCCAGCUUCGGGCAGCAGCAACAAGAGGAAGCGCGACAAUAAGGCCAGCACCUACGGACUCAACUACAGCCUGCUGCAGCCCAGCGGAGGGCGGGCCGCGGGAGGCGGCCGGGCCGACGGCAGCGGGGGCUUGUACAGCGGGACCCCUUGGAAGCGGAGGAACUACAACCAGGGAGUCGUGGGUCUGCAUGAAGAAAUAAGUGAUUUUUAUGAAUACAUGUCUCCAAGACCAGAGGAGGAGAAGAUGCGGAUGGAGGUGGUGAACAGGAUCGAGAGUGUGAUUAAGGAGCUCUGGCCCAGUGCUGACGUCCAGAUAUUUGGAAGUUUUAAAACUGGCCUGUAUUUACCUACGAGUGACAUCGAUCUUGUGGUGUUUGGGAAGUGGGAGAACCUACCCCUCUGGACCCUGGAAGAAGCUCUUCGGAAGCAUAAGGUUGCAGAUGAGGAUUCGGUGAAAGUUCUAGACAAAGCAACUGUACCUAUUAUUAAAUUAACAGAUUCUUUUACCGAAGUGAAAGUUGAUAUCAGCUUUAAUGUACAGAAUGGUGUGAGAGCAGCUGACCUCAUCAAAGAUUUUACCAAGAAAUAUCCUGUAUUACCAUACUUGGUAUUAGUAUUGAAACAGUUCUUAUUACAGAGGGACCUUAAUGAAGUAUUUACAGGUGGAAUUGGUUCUUAUAGUCUCUUUUUAAUGGCAGUAAGUUUCCUUCAGUUACAUCCCAGGGAAGAUGCUUGCAUCCCCAAUACAAACUAUGGUGUUCUCUUAAUAGAAUUUUUUGAAUUAUAUGGACGACACUUCAAUUAUUUAAAGACUGGCAUCCGGAUAAAGGAUGGUGGUUCCUACGUGGCCAAAGAUGAAGUACAGAAAAAUAUGCUAGAUGGCUACAGGCCAUCCAUGCUUUAUAUUGAAGAUCCUUUACAACCAGGUAAUGAUGUUGGAAGGAGUUCAUAUGGGGCCAUGCAAGUGAAACAGGCCUUUGAUUAUGCCUACGUUGUUCUGAGUCAUGCUGUAUCGCCAAUAGCAAAGUACUAUCCCAACAACGAAACGGAGAGCAUAUUAGGUAGAAUAAUUAGAGUAACAGAUGAAGUUGCCACAUAUAGAGACUGGAUAUCAAAGCAGUGGGGCUUGCAGAAUAGGCCUGAGCCUUCAUGCAAUGGAAAUGGUGUUACCUUGAUAGUAGAUACUCAGCAGUUAGAUAAAUGUAAUAAUAAUCUAUCUGAAGAAAAUGAAGCCCUUGGAAAAUGUAGAAGUAAAACUUCGGAAUCUGUUAGUAAACACUCUUCAAACUCUUCAUCAGGUCCAGUGUCUUCCUCUUCUGCUACACAGUCCAGCUCUAGUGACGUCGAUUCCGAUGCGACACCGUGCAAAACCCCGAAACAGCUGCUCUGCCGCCCGUCCACUGGGAACCGGGUAGGGUCGCAGGAUGUGUCCUUGGAGUCCUCUCAGGCAGGCGGGAAAAUGCAGAGCACCCAGACCACUAACAUAUCCAACAGCACCAACAAAUCCCAGCAUGGAUCAACAAGGCUCUUUCGUUCUUCCAGCAAAGGCUUCCAAGGUACAACCCAAACAAGCCAUGGUUCCUUGAUGACAAACAAACAACAUCAAGGCAAAUCAAAUAAUCAGUAUUACCAUGGCAAAAAGAGGAAACACAAGAGGGACGCCCCCCUCUCAGACCUUUGUAGAUAGUCGGCGUUGUACGAUGGACUGUCUUCUGUGUGCAAUGAUCUCAUGCUCAGGACAGUUGGAUAGGGACUCCUGGGAAACAUUCGGGAGCCUUACACUGUUCAGACGUUGAUUUAGCAACUGCGUUUUUUCCCAGCUCGCCACGGAAUGGAUCAUGAAGACUGACAACUGCAAAAACAAAAAGCAAGCAAAAAAGGGGAAAAAAAAGGCUGCUCAUUUGAUAAGUCAUAUGCUAUAACAGGGUCAUUUUAAGAUUUAAAGCUUGAAUGUAAAAUAAAUCUAUUUCUCAUUGGCUUUAUGCAGAGUUAUAGGGAAUAGUAUUCAGUGUGGGUAGGGUGAUAGAAACAAGAAACAAUUUCAGAGGAUGGGGUGGGGAAGGAAAACACAGGUAUCUUAUAGGAAGUCCAGAUUUCAAAGGGGAAAGUGAUCUGUGCAUGUUUUUUUUUUUUUAAUAUUUUUGCAUAUAUUUACCAUUUUAUUGUGUGUAUAUAUAGAUGACCAUAUAGGAAAUUGAUAUUUGUAAUAGUGGAUUUGUUAAUACUUUUUACAUAACAUUACUGUUUAAAUUGUAAACAGAUUUUUCUCAGGAUUAGUUUGAAAAAUAAUCUGAAUUGUCAUCUUAACAUCCAUCUAUA